AUCUUGCCCAUGAAAUGAAACCCCACUACUCUACAAUCUACGUUUAUAUUAAACCCACCAACACAACUCACAAACUCCCAAAACCUACAACUUCCUUCACAUUCAAAGCAACAAAUUAAUUAAGCUUCUCUCUCGCAGAUACAUUUAUCUACAACAACAAUGGCUUCCUCCUCUUUCUCCUACACCAAGCUAAUGCUUCUCCUCUCAAUCUUCUCUUCACUUCACUACUUCUCUGUCUUUUCAUUUGAGUUCAAAGUUGGUGGCAACAGAGGUUGGGUUAUUCCUCCUGAAAAUGACACCAAAAUCUACAAUGACUGGGCCUCUGAGAACCGCUUCCAAAUCGGUGACACAGUCCGUUUUAGGUAUGAGAAAGAUUCUGUACUGAAAGUGACUGAAGAAGAGUACAAGAAAUGUAACUCAAGCCACCCUAGUUUCUUCUCUGACACAGGCAAUACAGUUUACAAGUUUGAGCAUGCAGGGCCAUUUUACUUCAUUAGUGGAGUUUCAGGGCAUUGUGAGAAAGGACAGAGGAUUAUCAUCAAAGUUAUGGCUCAUGAAGAGGAUUACACUUCUCAUCACGGACAUGGUGAUGAUGCUGGGAAAAAAUCUGCUGCUUCUCCUCCAACCGUUCUGCAUUUCGCAGCACUUCCUAAAGUUGCCUUUCUGCAACUUCUUAUGACAUCAUAUGUUGUUUCUUGUGUGUUUUAAUUACUAGGAUUUUCUUUUGUUAAGCUGUUGUUUGUUUUUACUUAUGUUAACUUGUUUGUACUUAAGGUGUACUUUGCAAUGAUUUUAGUUGUUUGUUUUCAGAUUUUCA